CAAAACAGUCCGCGAUGGGCAACAUCUGUGUAAUACAUAUUCUAAUGAGCGCCGAUUUUGGUUCAGCAGAAGACAGGUGCUUCUGAAUUAUUAAUAUAGAGUUGCGCUCUAUUAGCAACGCGUCAGGUGCAUGCUGCAUGAUUCAUGAGCCUAUGCUAAUGAGCAGGUGGGUGACUGGAGAGUUUAGCUGCUUUGCGAAAGAGUGAGUGAACUGUCAGCCCGCUCUGGGUCUCAGUUUCAUAUUGUCAGUUUUGGCGUCUGUGAGUCCAUGUCCUCUCCUGUGUCAGUUCGGUGUAUUUUGGAGUCGGAGGUAUCUCAGCACCGCUCUAAGGAGUCGUGCUGGGUGCUUGUGUCCGGCAGGGUCUACGAUGUGACGGGAUUUCUCAGAAGACACCCAGGCGGAGAAGCUCUGAUUUUGCAGCAGGCAGGGAACGAUGUGAGCCGGGAGAUGGAAGGACCUCCACAUCGGCACUCUGAGAAUGCCAGGAGGUGGAUGGAACAAUAUUAUAUAGGAGACCUGAUAAAGGAUACUGCAGAGCCACAGACGGUGCGAGAAAGAAGGAAAGCCACAGAGUCAGAACAGACGAAAGAAGACCAGACAGGAGCCAGCAGGUGUAGCAGUGUCAACACAGAGACGGACCUGGUGAACUGGUCAAAGCCCCUGCUGUGGCAGGUGGGACACCUGGGGGAGAAGUAUGAUGAGUGGGUGCACCAGCCCGUCGACCGGCCCAUUCGCCUCUUCCACUCUAACUUCAUCGAGGCCUGCUCCAAAACCUCAUGGUACAUGGUCCCUGCUGUCUGGUUACCUAUGGUAUUGUAUCUGAGCUGGUAUUGCUUUACUUUGCUGGCCCAGGGAGACACAAGACUCUUCACUACUUUUACAUCAGAGUACACUAUCCUUGUGCACAAGUACAGCUUCCCCUUCUUGUUCCUGCUGGGCAUGUUCAUCUGGUCUCUAGUAGAGUACCUUAUCCAUCGCUUCCUGUUCCACAUGAGACCUCCAGCCAGUAACUAUUACCUCAUCACACUUCACUUCCUCUUGCAUGGCCAGCACCACAAGUCCCCGUUCGAUGGCUCUCGUCUGGUCUUCCCUCCAAUCCCAGCCUCCUUUGUAAUCGGGGGUUUCUACAUCCUCGUCCGUGUGCUGAUGCCCUUGGGCCUGGGCCUCUCUGUCUUUGUGGGGGGACUCUGUGGCUAUGUGGUUUAUGACAUGAUCCACUACUACCUGCACUAUGGUUGCCCAAAAAAAGGAAGCUACCUGUAUGGGCUCAAGGCAUACCACGUCAAACACCACUUUGAGCACCAAAGAUUGGGCUUUGGAAUCACCACCCGUUUUUGGGAUCACCCUUUCAACAGCCUCAUUCCAGAGGAGACCUUCGGGAAAGACCACUGACUGCGCCUCCUUCUCCAGACACUCCCUCCCUUCUCCAGACCCUCCCUUCCUCCCUCCCUUCUCCAGACCCUCCCUCCCUUCUAGUGACUCACCUCAAUGGGCAGGUGUCCCUACAAGCUGGUCCAGGGAGGAGAUACCCAUAUAUGUUCUGUACAUGUUCAUGCCUUUGCAUUUACUACUUUCUCCUGUCUCAAAUCCUCCCUCAUCUCUAUCACCUAAUCACAUUCAAUCCUAGCUAACCCCCGUCCCCUGGAGUCUAAUAAUAUAUUUAUUAAUGGUUAAAAAUAGCUUUCUUAAUUAUAAUUUUUAUUUACAGUAAUGUUAAUGUUUCAACACUGAACCAUUGGGUUACACAUGAGAAUAGGAAGCCAACUACCCAGUAGAUGAAGGAAUAAUUCAGACAACUUCUCUGCAACGUGGCUUUAUACAGAAAACAAGGAGUACCAUUUAAACACAAUUCUGAAGGCUAUGCAGGAUGUGUGCCAGGUUUCUGAAUUCUCAGGGCACUACAUGAGAACCAGCCUGUGUUCUAUCAAUCACCUUGUACCCCCCCCCCCCCCCCCCCAAAAAAGAAUUAACUGAUACCCAUGAUCAUAGGACAUUUGUGACCUAUCUGUUCUUGCAUGUUGUGUAAUUAGUUAAGAUGCAUUUUCUCCUGUUUGGUUAUAUAUUUUACACUCGCCAAAAGUGCACAGACACUAGUCUACAGAGUGUCCUAGUGUAAAGCAAAGCUACCAAUGGAGUGUGAAUAAGAGCAAGACAGACCGUAUAGUCUGUAGAGGAUAUACAGCAUCUUCUGUUAGGCUGCAGCAUUUUUACUCUCCGUGUGGAUGGCGGGGUCCAGUUUCAUAUGAAAUUUCAGAAAUUAGAAGCCAUAAAAUCUGGAUAUUUUUGGGAGAAGUUCUGCAGAGGACAUGGAGCCUGAUGUAGUUAAAUCUUUUUUAUAUAAAGCAUAGGCAAGUUCAGCCCACUAAACCCCUGAAGUUAGAGGAGCUGCCCAUCCCCAACACUGCAUUACAUCUAACUUGAAUUACACAAAGAUGUGAAAGUAUUUUUAGGGAAAGUGGUGGCGUGAACUAUUUUAUUUCUUAUAUACCUUUAUUGUUUCUUAAUUGUUCAGAGUUCAGGAGGGGGGGGGGGGGGGGGGGCGAUAAGGCAGAAAUCCACUGUGGUCAAAUAGAAAGAUAGAAAAUGGUCAUGGUUAGGAAAUAGCCAGGCUGAGAUUUGAGAAGUGGUAGGAUUCUGUUAAUGCAGGUCUGAGAUUUUAACAGUGACAAGUUCACUUACGUGCAUGUUUAGUGCAAAGAGAGGGUCUACCUUUUUUAGCCUUCAGGGCUAACCAAGCUCUAACAUAACAAAACAAAACAAAAAAAAAUCUUUAUCAUAGUGGAUUUCUGAUUUGUGUACAUUUGCAAAAACUCUGCUGUAAAUGUGUUUCCAGUAAAAGUUUAUGUAAUGUGUUGGGUGAAAUAUAUAUAUAUAUAUAUAUAUAUAUAUAUAUAUAUAUAUAUAUAUAUAUUUAUAUAUAUAUAUAUAUGGAAAAAAAGAAUGGUUUCUGUAUGUGUGUGUGUGUAUUUUCUUAACAGCUUCUAAUCACUUUCUGAUAAUCUGUUUACUACAAAAUAUAUUUUGUAAUUGUUUUGGAACAUAAAAUUUCUAUGCAAAAGUUGAAUUGCAAUUGUAAAUAAAUAUUUGUAUAUUUCGAA